GUUUGUCUGUGUUGAAGUCAAGACAAGGAUCGAAAUGUCUACCUGUAUGAGGUUUUUAGGGUCCCGCAGAUUUAAAGACGGAAUUUAUUUAUUCAGAUCCAAUUAUCUGGUUCCGAAUAGAGAAGCAAGGACGUGCAGAAACAGUAUUGCAUGUAAUAGCACGUUGCCAUUAAAAGGAAGAACUCAUUCAACUGGUAGCUCAUGUGUAAGUUCAGUGUUGUGCAAUGUGAACUCUGGGCAGGCUGUGGCAAGGACGACGCAUUUAAAUCCGUGGCGAAGAACUGAUGCCUGUUGUACCAGUUUUGUGGGAUCUUUUGGGAAACAGCUGUCCUGGCAGCAGAGAAGGUAUCUACAAGACUCGGGAGACAGGAGUGAUGGGAGCAGUACUUACAUGGGGGAUGAUGGUGUGGAAAGUGGCGGUAGUGGUGCAGAUGAAGGUGGGGAUGGAGGUGAAGGAGUAGCUUAUACUGCCCCUGCGAUGACUGCCCUUGCCCCGAUGAUGGUACCUGAAGUGUUUCCCAGGCUUCCAUUGAUUGCUGUCUCCAGGAAUCCAGUUUUUCCAAGAUUCAUGAAAAUAAUCGAGGUCAAAAACAAGAAGUUGGUGGAGUUGCUUCGUAGAAAGGUGCGACUAGCUCAGCCUUAUGCUGGAGUGUUUUUAAAGAAAGAUGACCACAGUGAGUCUGAUGUGGUUGAAAAUCUUGAGGAAAUUUAUCACACCGGAACCUUUGUUCAAAUCCAUGAGAUGCAAGACCUGGGAGACAAGCUACGCAUGAUUGUGAUGGGGCACCGAAGAAUACGGAUAAACAAACAGUUAGAGCUGGAAACAGAAGAAAUGCAAGAAAAAGAGGAAAACAGGCAGAAAGGGAGAAGGAAACAGAAGCGGUUAAAAGAGUCUGAACAGAUGGAAGAAACAGUAAAAGAAUCUCCCCUGCAAAUGCAGGUUUCAGUAGAGCCUGUAGCAGAGUCCUCUGGACAGGUCCUGAUGGUCGAAGUAGAUAAUGUACAACACGAGGAUUUCCAGGUUACAGAAGAAGUUAAAGCACUGACAGCAGAAAUAGUCAAGACAAUUCGAGACAUCAUUGCCUUGAAUCCUCUUUACAGAGAAUCAGUGCUGCAGAUGAUGCAGGCUGGCCAGAGGGUCGUAGAUAAUCCCAUUUACCUCAGUGAUAUGGGAGCAGCUCUGACAGGAGCAGAAUCACAUGAGCUGCAGGAUGUUCUUGAGGAAACCAGUAUUCCAAAACGUCUAUACAAGGCUCUGUCUUUGUUGAAGAAAGAGUUUGAACUGAGCAAGCUACAGCAACGUCUUGGACGAGAGGUAGAAGAGAAGAUCAAGCAGACUCAUCGAAAGUAUCUUCUUCAGGAGCAAUUAAAGAUCAUUAAGAAGGAGCUGGGGCUGGAGAAAGAUGACAAAGAUGCCAUACAGGAGAAGUUCCGCGAGAGGCUGAAGGAUCUUGUGAUACCAAAUCAUGUUAUGGAAGUUAUUGAUGAAGAACUAAAUAAACUUAGCUUGUUGGAUAAUCACUCCUCAGAAUUUAAUGUGACUCGUAACUAUUUAGACUGGCUGACAUCAAUGCCAUGGGGUAAAUGCAGCACAGAAAACCUGGUUCUAAAACAGGCAGAAAAAGUGCUCGAGGAAGAUCACUAUGGAAUGGAUGAUGUCAAAAAGCGAAUACUGGAAUUUAUUGCAGUAAGUCAGCUGCGUGGAUCUACACAAGGGAAGAUUCUCUGUUUCUAUGGGCCCCCAGGAGUUGGGAAAACUAGUAUUGCUCGAUCUAUUGCACGAGCCUUGAACCGAGAGUAUUUCCGCUUCAGUGUUGGAGGAAUGACUGAUGUGGCUGAAAUUAAAGGGCACAGGAGGACAUAUGUGGGAGCAAUGCCAGGAAAAAUCAUUCAGUGCCUGAAAAAGACUAAGACUGAAAAUCCACUUAUCCUGAUUGAUGAGGUGGAUAAAAUUGGAAGAGGUUACCAAGGAGAUCCAUCUUCAGCUCUCUUGGAACUGUUAGACCCAGAACAGAAUGCAAAUUUCCUGGACCAUUACCUGGAUGUUCCUGUGGAUUUAUCCAAGGUACUGUUUAUAUGCACAGCCAAUGUGACUGACACCAUUCCUGAACCCCUGCGAGACCGAAUGGAGAUGAUCAAUGUGUCGGGUUAUGUUGCACAGGAAAAACUUGCGAUUGCUGAGAGAUACCUCCUGCCUCAGGCAAGAACCAUGUGUGGACUGAAUGAGGAGAAGGUCAGAGUCACACCUGAUGCACUUACAGUUCUCAUCAAGCAGUACUGCAGAGAAAGUGGAGUCCGGAACCUUCAGAAACAAGUGGAGAAGGUGCUGAGGAAGUCUGCCUACAAGAUCAUAAGUGGAGAGGUGGAUUGUCUUACAGUGACACCAGAUAACCUGCAGGAUUUUGUUGGAAAGCCGGUUUUUACAGUGGACAAGAUGUAUGAUGUCACACCUCCAGGAGUAGUGAUGGGGUUGGCAUGGACUGCUAUGGGAGGCUCGACUUUAUUUAUUGAGACUGCCUUGCGCCGCCCAAGAGACAAAGAAAAUAAGGACGGUUCCAUGGAACUUACAGGACAUCUUGGGGAUGUGAUGAAGGAAAGUGCCAGAAUAGCUUAUACGUUUGCACGAGCAUUCCUUAUGCAGAAGGAACCCUCGAAUGACUUCCUCAUUAACUCACACAUUCAUGUGCAUGUGCCAGAGGGAGCUACACCAAAAGAUGGACCAAGUGCUGGCUGCACAAUAGUGACCGCCUUGCUUUCACUGGCAUUGAAUAAACCAGCAAGACAGAACAUAGCCAUGACAGGAGAGGUGUCACUAAUGGGAAAAAUUCUCCCUGUAGGUGGAAUUAAGGAGAAGACCAUUGCUGCCAAAAGAGCUGGUGUUAACUGCCUAGUUCUUCCAGCUGAAAACAAGAAAGAUUAUUUUGAUCUACCUGAAUUUAUAACUGAAGGAGUGGAGGUGCAUUUCGUUGAGGCAUACCACGAAAUAUAUGAUAUUGUUUUUCCAAGGGACUGAACAUUGAUAAGAUAAGCACACUAACAAUCAUUCUGGAGAACAUUGUGUUCAAGGACUUCAGAUAAAGAUCCUGUGGGAUUUUAGCCAAGAAAAACAAAUGCAACAUCGUUGUUUCUGAUGUAUGCUGCUGGACAACUGACAGCGGGCUACUAGAAGUCCAGAGAGAGUGAGUCCCAGGAUGCACUGCACUACACAGCCUUGAAGAGUUAUCUGGAACAGUGUCCAUCUGUCUUUGGUAACAGAAGUAAAAGAUUAGUCAUUAGACACAAGACUAUGAACUAGAAGCUAUAUAUUUACAGACAGACAUAUAUAAUAUAUAUGGUAGUUAUUGCUGCUAAGCAGCCAGCAGUGAAGCAAAUUAGUUUCAUAUUUUCCAUUUGCUCUGUUUUCUCUGCUACCUUAAAAAGGUACAGUAUUUUGCCCAUCAUGAUGUCUAAUUGAUGUUUGGGUGCCAGGAGAGAAAAAUUUGAUAUACAUUAAAUUUUGUGUGUGUACCAAAUAUUUCAAGUUUGUUAAAUAUGCUGCAUUGCAUACAUUUUCUUCUAAUAAAAUAUUUUAAAGUA